ACAUCAUCACAACACUGUACAGAAGCACGCUCACCAGCCGCAUGGUCAGCUAAAAUUUACUGAGAUCCAAUACCUCCAUUGAGGUCUGAUGUUGGAUUUGAGAAAGUGUGUCAGAAAGACUUGAGGUCUGGGCUCUGGUUCUGCCACACCAGACUCAUCCAAGUAAAACUUUAAGGACCUUGAUAUGUGUGCGCUAGGUCACAGUUAUGCUGCUAUUGAAGAGCGUCUUUUACUCUGAUACUCUUUUGCGUGCCGAUCCGACCUCUUCUGAUGCAAAAGCGGCGCAACGUCCCAUCUGAAUGAGGAUUAAGGCAUUAAACCUCACAUUGAGCCUCAUGUGCUUUUCACCCGUCCCAUCCUGUCCUAUCAUUCAGUCGGUCGUAUUCGGCUGCUGUCAACAUGAGCGUCUCCGGGAUCCAUCAAGGAACACUCAGGAUGUACAGUGGAUUUCUUUUCAAACAAUGGAAGAAGAGGUUCCUGCUCCUGACAGCUGAAGGCAGCCUCCUCGUGUGUCACCAUGCUUCAGCACCACCUGACCAGUUGGUCCUCCUGCAAAGCAGCUGCGAGGCCAUCGUGGAGGGCAAGGAGAUCCUCGACCUUCCAAAGCUGCCCGCCGGAGGGAGCCGAGAUUGCUGCUUCGCUCUCAUUUUGACCCAAAAUAAAUACCUGCUGCUUUUGACCGACACUCCUGCUGACUGCAGUCAAUGGUUAAAUGUGCUGAAAAAGGUGAAACAGAGUGUCUCGUCACCUCUCGGUCUUUGCAAGCGACAUCAGGUGCCGCCUCUCUGCAUAGCUCUAAAAGACUUUGUCCCGGAGCAGAUCCAGGAGAAAGAUCCACCGCCUCCGCCAGUCAGCAAUGGAGAGGCUCUUUCCCCAGGGCCUCUGAGCGGCUCCCCAAAAGAUAAAGGCAGAAGCUCUCCACGUACAAAGUAUUACAAAGGAGGGGCCCACUCGGUGAGCUGCCUGCGUCAUGGCACCAUCAACAACGCCCAGGCCAUGAGGGCCGUGUACCUGCUGAUGGGAGGGGCAGCCGCUUCCUCUGCUAUGGGCUAUUUAGGCGCCUGCUCACCCUCCAGCUUGGACGCCAAAGGAGCCGACCUGUCCAUCAACUCAGACUUCUCAGAUAUCGGGGGACCGGCGGGGGUGUACCACACAGACAGCCCCGCCAUCACCUCCCCUCAUUUCAACAGCUUUGACUUUGAAAUGGCAGACGCUGACUUUAAUGCUUUUGACUGUGGCGGUUUUACGUUUUGACAAGCUCCUGCUUGCUGUUGAAUGAUGCUGGGUGAAGACAGAGUAGAAAUAAACCAGAAAUAAGA